AUGACACCAGCCGAACCAAUCGCCAUAAUCGGCAGUGGCUGCCGAUUUCCUGGUUCGGCAUCCUCACCUUCACGACUAUGGAACCUCCUGCGAGAGCCACGUAACGUGGCAUCCAAACCCCCAGCAGACCGUUACAACGGGGAUACAUUCCACUAUGCUGGGAAAAAGAGUCUACCACCUGGAAUGAUCAGUUCUCCAGAGUCUUAUUUCCUGGAGGAAGAUGUUCGUGCAUUUGACGCGCCCUUCUUCAACAUUUCGCCGGCGGAGGCGGCGUCGAUGGACCCUCAGCAACGGCUACUAUUAGAAGUGGUAUACGAAUCACUUGACCGUGCCGGCUUGCAGCUAAAACGCUUGCAAGGAUCAUCGACCGGCGUGUACUGCGGUGCUAUGAACUACGAUUACAGCCAGCUUCUUCUAUCAGACCAGGAUAGCGUACCUCCAUUCAUGAUCUCGGGUGGUGCCCCGUCUAUGCUGGCCACGCGUAUCUCUUACUAUUUCGAUUGGAAGGGGCCUUCCCUCGUGCUGGAUACGGCCUGCUCGUCCAGUUUAAUUGCACUACAUUUAGCUGUGCAAGCCCUACAGAAGGGAGAUUGCUCGAUGGCUGUUGCAGCAGGAAGCAGCUUGAUUCUGUCGGUCGAUGGCUACGUUUCCUCGUCUCAGGCGAAUAUGAUGUCGCCCUCGGGACGCAGUCAUAUGUGGGACGAGGCCGCGGAUGGGUACGCUCGCGGUGAAGGCGUGGCCGCAGUGAUCCUAAAACGUCUGGACGAUGCCCUGAGAGACGGUGACCAGAUCGAUGCCGUGAUCCGGGCCACCGGAGUCAACUGUGACGGACGCACCAAGUCUCUUACAAUGCCUAACGGGCUGGCUCAGGGUGAACUCAUCAGCUCUACCUACGCUGCUGCUGGACUCGACCCUCUAAAUCCAGCCGACCGAUGCCAAUUCUUCGAAGCCCACGGAACAGGUACUCCUGUGGGUGAUCCGCAAGAGGCGGAGGGCAUUGCAAAUGCGUUCUUUAACAAGGAUUCACCAAGAGAUGAGACGAUGUAUGUCGGCUCGAUCAAAACCGUGAUCGGUCAUACCGAAGCGGCGGCUGGUAUUGCUGGCAUUAUGAAAGCCGCACUGGCUGUUCAACAUGGUGUCAUUCCUCCGAAUAUGCUCUUUAAUCGACUAAGCGCUAAGGUUGCGCCAUUUGCCGACCACCUCAGGAUUCCGACAAAGGCGCUCCCCUGGCCUGAUCUUCCGGUCGGAGCUCCUCGUCGAGUCUCGGUCAACUCGUUCGGCUUUGGAGGUGCUAAUGCCCAUGCUAUUGUGGAGAGCUACACUCCUUACAAUGCUGUUUCAUCAUUUGCGGACGCGACUGCCACCCCUGCAUUCCUCCCUUUCGUGUUUUCUGCCGCGUCCGAAAAAUCGCUCAAGGCUGUGCUGCAGCAGUAUGUCAGCUGGUUGGAGGAAAAUCCGACCGUCGAUUUGUCGGAUUUGGCCCAUUCUCUCUUGACCAAGCGCUCGAUUCUAAGCACUCGGACUGUUUUCACUGCGGGAACAGUGGGAGAGUUGCUUGAGAAACUCAAAGACGAAUUGAAAGAAUCACCGACGACAAUCACCCGACGUCUCAGUCCUGGACCGAAGAAGGUCUUGGGCGUUUUCACUGGACAAGGGGCGCAAUGGCCGCGUAUGGGAAUAGAUGUCAUUGAAGAAUGUCCCCAAGCUGCCGUCUGGCUGCAGGGACUCCAGAAAUCCCUCGACAGCCUACCUCUUGAUUAUCGACCGAAAUAUACACUGCGAGAUGAGCUGGCUGCUCCGGAGUCUUCCUCUCGCCUCAACUCUGCGGAGAUUUCGCAGCCUGUCCGGACCGCUUUGCAGAUAAUCCAAGUGAACAUUCUACGGUCGCUUGGUAUCGAAUUUGCUGCAGUUGUCGGUCACUCAUCGGGCGAGAUUGCCGCUGCUUAUGCGGCGGGAUGGCUUUCAGCUGCGGACGCCAUUCGCGUUGCCUACCUACGUGGGCUGGCGACGACGAACGCAGGUUCGAAGGGACACCCCGGUGGCAUGCUCGCUGUCAACAUCUCCUGGGACCAGGCACAGUCCAUUUGCGGUGAAGCACCGUACAGUGGCCACGUCGUUGUCGCGGCUUCUAAUUCUCCGUCCAACGUGACACUCUCAGGAGAUGAAGAGUUGAUUUCUGAGCUAGAAUGGCUUUUCGAGAGUCUUGAACAGACUCCUCGCCGCCUGCGUGUUGACACAGCAUACCAUUCACAUCAUAUGACUCCUUGUGCUGAGCCCUACCUGCAGGCCAUGAAGGCCUGUCAGGUUCAGACCCGCCAAGGCUCGCCGGCAACGAAGUGGUUCUCCAGUGUUCACGAUGCGGCGGAAAUGACCGCCCUCGAACCUCGCUACUGGUGCGAGAAUAUGCUUCAAUCGGUUCAAUUCUCGCAAGCCCUGACGGCGGCUCUGAAAGACUUGCCAGACCUUGACGCGAUCGUGGAAGUCGGACCUCAUCCUGCGCUCCGAGGACCCGCGCUUCAGACCGUAUCGACAAUCAAACCCAAUGAUGCCGACGUGCCGUACGUCGGACUGGGCAAGCGCGGAACCACUGGCAUCGAAGCCAUGGCGCUCGCACUGGGAUCCUUCUGGGCACAUCUGGGGCCGGAGAAUAUUGACACCAGUUCCUUCGUCCGGCUCUUCUCACUUCCACGGGAGCUGAAAUUCCUUCCAUCCCUUCCCACAUAUCCCUUUGACCAUAGCCAAACAUACUGGGCUGUGUCACAUCAUGCCAGUGCCCGCACUCAUCGGCGUCUACCUCGUCAUCCUAUUUUGGGCACUACGAGCCCUGAAACGGGAGAAGGGGAAUGGCGCUGGCGGAACUACUUGCGCGUCCAGGAUCUGGAAUGGAUAGAGGGCCACAAGGUCGAGUCUCAGGUUCUUUUCCCCGCGACGGGAUAUCUCAUUAUGGCAUAUGAGGCAGCUCAUAUCAUUGCCGAGGACCGAUCAUUACAGUCGGUAGACAUUCAUGACCUAGCUAUCGAUCGGGCAAUUGCUGUUCCAGAUACCAGCAUGGGCGUGGAAACACAGUUCUCGCUCUACAAGACCAAUGGCGAGGAAAAUGGCAGCUUAACCGCUUCGUUCACUUGUCAAGCACGCUUUAACGACGCCUUCCGCUGCUGUGCCACUGGCCGUCUGGAGAUCAGAUUUGACGAGCAGGACGAGUCCCUGUUGCCAGCUCUUGGCCCUCUUGUUGGUGGGUUGCAGAAGAUAGAGUCAGAGCACUUCUACAGCGAGCUUGACAAGCUGGGAUAUGGCUAUUCGGGACUAUUCCGUGGCCUUGGGUCCAUUCAGCGCCGUAAAGAUAUCGCCUAUGGUACUAUUCCUGUCCCCAAUGGCGAAGAAGAUGACUCGGAUCUGCUGAUCCAUCCUGCCAAUCUUGAUACCAGCCUUCAGGCGCUGAUGGCUGCUUUCGCGUAUCCCGGUGACGGUCAACUGUCCGGCCUGUUCCUUCCAACUCGCUUGGCACGCACCUCGAUCAACCCGGGGCUUUCCCGUGGCGGCAGCCUGCAUGCCCCCCAGACGCAUCUCACCGUUGAGGCGAAGCUGUCGGAUGUUGGCAAGACUGGACUGACCGGUGAUAUUCAUCUUUUCGAUGCCGAUGGCAGAGGCUUCGUACAGAUUGAGGGUAUGCACAUCUCGCCUCUAACCCAACUCAGUCCAGAAGACUGGCCGAUGUUCGUUGAGGAAGUCUGGGGUCCCCUUCUGCCGACAACCUCACUGACAAGCGUCAAUAACUCGGCCGCGCCCCGGAAUCACGUCUCUCUUGAUCUCUGCGACCGUCUUGCUCUUCUAUAUCUCCGUGAUGCACAGGCCCAGUUGACUAGCGAGGAUCGCCAGCAGCUCGACGGGCAUAAGACACGGUAUGUGGCGUGGAUGGAUCAAGUCCUGGCGUCCGUUCGCGGAGGCAAGCAUCCAACCUACUCGCCUAACCACCUGGAUGGAGACGCGGCCUCUAUCCUCGGUCGUGAUGUUCAGCGUGCCAGGCCUAUCGAGAUCGUGACUUUGGAAAAAGUCAAAGAGAAUCUUGUUCCUUGGUUACGAGGUGAAGUAGGUCUCAUGGAAGAGCUUCACCGCGAGGGUGACCUGCUCGCCAAGUUCCAGCAAGAGUCUAGCUCUUUGUCUACCCUGAAGCAGAACCUUGCCACACUUGUCGGCCAGAUCGCUUUCCGGUACCCUCGCAUGAAGAUCAUCGAGAUUGGAGCUGGCACCGGUGCAGCCACCCGCUUGGUCCUGGACCAAAUUGUCCGAGACUAUCAUUCGUACACUUACACUGACAUGACUUCGGCCUCAUUCAAGGAGGCCCAGGAAAAAUUUGCCGCUCACGGCGAUCGCUUCAUCUACGAGACUCUCGAUCUGGAGAAAGACAUUUCGGAACAAGGCUUCUCAGAGAACGCAUAUGAUCUCGUCAUUGCCAGCAAUGUUGUGCAUGCGACUAGCUCAUUCAGUGGAAGCAUGUCCCGUAUCCGACGUUUGUUGAAGCCCGGCGGUCGUGUAGCUAUCCUCGACAUGACCCACCCAGAGCAGAUCGCCUCUCCGCUCAUCUUUGGUGGACUUGAAGCUUGGUGGCGUGGUGACUCUGAUGCUCAACCAUCAGGUCCUCUUAUUUCCCGGGAUAAUUGGGAUCAAGUCCUAAAGUCAAGUGGCUUUGGAGGAUUUGAGGCCGUCUCGUCAGUUGAGGAAUCUAAGAGCUUCGGCAUGUUCGUGUUCACUGCCCAGGCUGUCGACGACCAUAUCCAACGAUUGCAACAACCUCUAGCGGUUCCUGCAAAGCGACAAUAUCGCGAUCUGCUCAUAAUCGGGGGAGCGACAGAGACCACCGCGAAGUUACUUCCGGUAGUCCAAGAGCUGGUAGGCCCUUAUUUCGGAAGGAUCACCGCUGCAAGCACCAUUGAAAACUUUGUUCCUCCCGAGAAUGUCUCGCUGGCUGCUAUUCUCGCUGUCUCCGAUGUUGAUAGCCCCUGCCUGCAGGACCUCACCGCAGAUAGAUUCACAGCCCUGCAGCAACUUGUCGGAGUGACCGGGAAACUACUGUGGGUGGCCACGGGAAAUCCAACCGAGGAACCGUAUCUGCGCAUGAGCAAGGGUUUCCUGCGCUCCCUGAGUCUGGAGAAUCCCCAUGCUCAGUUCCAACAUCUCGCGGUGCAAGAUCCAACUGCUUUGUCUCCGGAUCUCAUAGCAACUACGUUGAUGCGAUUGGUGCACUGUGACGCUGGAAGCGACUACACACUUCCCAACUGCACCGAGAACGCUGAAUGGGAGCUUACGCUGGAAGACGGACUGCUGAAGAUCCCUCGCAUGCGGACUGGCCGGGACAUGAACCAGAGAUGGCUCACAAGCCGUGGAGUCCCAAAUACCCGCCGUGUCGAGCCUAGAGAGACUUGCGUUGCGGUACGCCCAACUGACGAUGCGGUCGAGGAGUCGCCAUUGUUGUUGGUGUCGUCAUUUGGUGCGACACGCUAUGACCCAAAGGGCGAAUCUCAGGGAUUGAAGGAAAACACCGUUCGCAUCCGAGUCCACUAUGCCACUCUUCCUGCCGUCCGCGCUGGAGCCGGUUUCUUGCAUCUUGUUCUGGGUGAGAACGAGAAAACACGGACUCGUGUUGUCGCCUUGUCCGUGGACCAUGCCUCCGUUGUUUCGACUCCUGCCUCCUGGUGUCACUCAGUCCCUAGCUGGCUACCCGAGAAAUAUGAAGCUGGAUUUUUGAGCGAUCUCAGUUCAGCCUUACUUGCCAGGCAUUUGGUAAAUCAAGCGCAGACCGAGUCCACAAUAUUGAUCCACGAAGCUCCUCAGGCGCUUCAGGAUGCGGUCUCUGCGGUGGCCUACUGCCAAGGUAUCAGGGUUCGCUACAGUGCUGGUAGUAGAAAAGCUAGUCAAGGCCCUGGGAUGUUGAUAAUCUCUCCUCGGAGCUCGGUUCGCGCAAUCAGUCGUCUCCUUCCCUCGGGUGUGUCAGUGCUCGCCUCCUUCAAGCCUGAUGCCGAUGGGUCGCUGGCCCGCUUGCAGUCUUCAUUGUCCCCGGAGGCCACAUACUGGGGACUGAAGGACCUGUACGGGGCAUCGUUCGCUCCUGCAGCUAAGCAAGUUUCAAGCCUGGUGGAUGCUUUGGCAGCGAGCAGCCUCUUCGCCGAACAGCGCAGCCGCUUCCAGACUGCCGUUGAUACUCUGACUCCUGAAGAUAUCCCGACAUAUCCCGUUUCGAGCCAUAAGUUGGAGAUCAUCGAUUGGCUACACUCUGGGCCGGUCUCAACGAACAGUGUUUCGUCUAGUUCGCUGGUGAGUCUGAGUGACGACAAGACUUUCUUGCUGGUGGGUAUGACUGGUGAUCUGGGUCGCUCAGUUACCCAGUGGAUGAUCACGCGCGGAGCUCGCACGAUAGUUCUUACCAGUCGUUCUCCGAAGGUGGAUGACGAAUGGGUAGAAGAGAUGGCAGAACUGGGUGCUCGUGUUGAGUUCAUGGCUAUGGACGUAUCAAACCGCGCCUCAGUCCUCAAAGUCCACAACCACAUAAAAGCCGAAUUACCGCCCGUCGGCGGAGUGAUUAACGGCGCAGUCGUCAUGCAUGACGCCGCAUUCACUGAUCUCUCAUACACUGAUGUUCUCCGGGUCUUCGGCCCCAAAGUCGAAGGUAGCCGCAUCCUUGAUGAGCUGUACCAAGACGCCGACCUAGAUUUCUUCAUCUUAAUGGGUUCAUUCUCCGGGCCGAACGGCAACUUCCACCAAACCGCCUACGCUGCCGCCAACGAAUUCAUGGCUGCUCUGAUCAACCAGCGGCGUCGCCGAGGCCAAGUCGGUAGCAUCAUCCACCCUGCGCAGAUUCAAGGUCUGGGUCUUAUUCUCGCCAUGGAUGCACACAUGAAGAACGUGCUCGCUCAGCAACUCGGUCCCAUGGCUCUUUCAGAACGUGAUAUUCUUGAACAUUUCGCGGAGGCAAUCCUAGCCGGACGGCCUGACUCUGGACGUGUGCCCGAAAUCGGCGGCGGAUACCGCAUGACGGACCCAGCCGAGUUCCCAGAUGUUGUCUGGUACCGAAACCCGAAGCUGUGGUCUUUUAUCCGCCACUUUAGGGAGUCUGGCGCCGUCGAAACAAACAAGGAGGAUGUCCCUAUCAAGCAGCAGCUUUUGACUGCGGACAGUCUGCCUGCCGCGGCGGAUAUUAUCGCUGAUGGGUUCCGUGCGACUCUCCGGCGCAAAUUGCAUUUGCCUGACGAUUCGGCGCUGCCGGGAAUUACACUAUUGACAGAGUUGGGUGUUGACUCGCUGGUCGCGGUUGAUCUGCGAAUUUGGUUUGUCAAGGAGCUGGGGGUGGAUGUGCCGGUGUUGCAGUUGCUCGGGGGGUCGUCGAUCGAUGCGCUGGCUGAGAGCGCCGCUGGAAAGUUGGAUAAGGAGCUAGUGCCGCUGCUCAAGACGGAGGAAGCGUCGAAUGGUGUUACAAAUGCUUCUGAGACGAAUGGUACUCAUAGUAAUGGUGUACAUACUAAUGGGCAUGUCUGAUGGAGGAUAGAGCGGAUGUUGUGGUAUAGAUUAGGCGUUAUGCAAUUUAGAAUGUUGACUUAGUAAAGCUUCGCAUAAAUGAUUUGUAGUCCAAAGCCUACUUCCUGAGUUUGUAUUCAUAACUUUUCA